UGGAGUUGUCCCGUGCGGCCUUUGCAUCGCUCUCUGGGUAUGGCCGCCUGAUUUGUAUCACCCUCAGCCGCCUAAAAGGCAGUAUAGAAGGUUUCUGCGAGUUGUUGGGUUGUUGAGGAUGGCGCAGGCCGCAGAAACCAUGGAGCACGACCCCUAUGUGGUCCAAAACUUCAUUUUCAGCCGAAUGCUCGGAUCAGGUGAGCUGGCGGGACGAGAGGGAGGGUGAGAGGAGCCGGGGAAGCGUGAGACACGGCGCGGGACGUGAUGCACUGAGGGAGGCGGGAUGGAAUGCGUCGGAUGGAUGGUGCAUUUUGCUCUGUGUGGAUGCGCGGACGCGUGGCUGGAUGCAUCGGCAUUUCUUGAGGCUCUCCAUUACGUGAAUACCUCCUGUCUGUCUGCGUACAUAUUGUGUUGGUGUGCAGGAACGUAUGGCUGUGUAGCUGCCGUGACGAAUCGCACGUUGACUGAGGUCCCCCAGGGCACACCCCUGGCCAUCAAGAAGGUAACCACGCCACUGACUGAUCAUCCCGAGAGGGAAUGCAUGGUGACAAUGGCAUCUCUUCUGUGCACUCGGUGUGUUGUGUUGUGUUGUGUGCAGAUGAGGAAAUGGAAUGGGGGCGAGGGCAUAGAAUCCACCACGAUGCGCGAGGUGAGGCCUGAACCACACGCAAUCCCACACACAACACGACGCACCACAACAAACUCAUCUCCCCCACGUCCCCCCCAUCUCUCCGUGUGUGUGUGUGUGUGUGUGCCAGGUGAAUGCGUUGAUGGCGUUGAGGGGCCACAUGAACAUCGUCACCCUCCACAAGGUGGACAUGGACCCCUCCGACCCCAUGGCCACCAUCGUGUACCUCAUCUUCGAGCUGUGCGAGGCCGGCGACGUCGGACGCUUCCGUACCAUCUGUGCCAGGGAGAACCAGAUCAACUACCCCAACUGGAACCCCGACAAACUACUCCCCAGGAACACCGGUACGCACCCCCCCCCACACACACACACGGAAACACACGGGGAGAGGGAGAGGGAGAGGGUGGCGAAGGGCUCCCGUGUUGGUUUCUAUGUGUGUGUGGUGUGUAUGCAGUGCCGACGCUGGAGCAGUUGGCCCGCGUGAUGUUCCAGAUACUCAACGGCAUCGCCUACAUGCACUGCAAAGGACGUACGCCAUCCUGGCACUAUGGCGCACAUCAUACCCACCAUUCUUCUGUCCACAGCCAUGUUCUGACGUAUCUCUGUUUGCGCGUGCGUGUGUGUGCAGUCAUCCACCGUGACCUGAAACCGCAGAACAUCCUCAUGACCAACAACUGGAUCGUCAAAAUUGCCGACUUCGGUCAGUGACCGCACACAUCGUGGCAACACACAGAUCUGCCCAUCCAUCCACUCGGCCUCUUUGCUCUCUCUCUCUCUCUCUGUGUGUGUGUGUGUUCCUCACUCAGGUUUGGCCCGCACGGUGACGAUUCCGACUAAGUUGAUGUCGCACGAGGUGGCCACUCAGUGGUGAGCACACAACCCAACCCAUUAGCCCCCUCCCCCCCCCACACACACAGACAUACAGAGCAUCGCACAGUGCAUUCAGCAGUGUCUCUCUCUUUCUCGGGGGACGUGUGUGUGUGUGCAGGUACCGCCCCCCCGAGUUGUUCAUGGGACCGGCCAACUUCAAGUACACCUAUGCCCUGGACAUCUGGUCAGUCAGCCGACAAACGACACAACACUCAGAGAGAGGGAGAGGGAGGAGGGAAAGGAGCCGUGCACUUCUGGUGUGUGUGUAUGUGUGUAUGUGUGUGGGUCCUGUGCCGUCGUCAGGUCCACUGGGUGCAUCUUCAUAGAGUUGACGAGCGGCAUGCCGGCCUUCAACGGCCACACUGAGGUGCGCUGCACAACCAAACACCACACACACACACACACAUAGACACAGACAUCCAUCUGCCUGUGUGCCCAUCUGUCCGUGUCUACGUGUGUGUGUCUGUCUGUGUCUGUGUUGCCACAUGUCUGUCAGUUUGAGACGUUGAUGAAGAUGCUCAACACGCUGGGCACCCCCACCAACGCCAUCUGGCCGGGCAGCGAAGCGUUCACCUACGCCGACCAGUUCAACGUGACCCCCUCACACACACACAAGACAAUACAACACAACAUUCAUCUAUCUCUCUCUCUCUGUCUGUGUGUGUGUGUGUGUGUGUUUAGCGUUUCCCGAAGUUUGUGCGCGACCCGCGUGACGGCAUCACGGCGCUGCUGCGCCGCAGCCACGACUCCAUCUCCCAGGCCGCCGGGUACCGCCCCUACGGCCGCACCGACAUCGACCGCAACUCGCUGGCCGUGGAUCUCUUCACUCGGUGGGUUGAUGCAGCACACACACACACACAGGGGGGGCGGAUGGGUCGGUUGGGGUGUGUGGGGGUCAUGUGUGUGAUGUUGAUGUGGUUGUGGUUGUGGUUGUGGCUGUGGUUAUUGCUGUGUCAGCAUGUUGACGUAUCAGCCGGACCGUCGCAUCACGGCUGUGCAGGCGUUGUACCACCCCUUCUUCGACAUCGUCGACAAGAGGAGGUAAGCGACCAAUGAGGACAGGCACAUGAAUGGAUGGGCACGGACAUGUCUGUUGUUGUGGUUGUGGUCGGGUGGUCUUGUCGUUCGUUUGUUCGUGUGUGCAGGUACCAGCACUUCCUGGGCGAGUUGCAGGCCAACUACCCUGAGGGUACGUAUACGUUUGGUAGUAGAGGAGACACAAACCACACAAACCCCCGCACACCCACCUGCCCACACACAAGCACACAGAGAGACACAGAGAGAGACCCACCCACCACCCCAUCUCCCCCCUCUCCCCCUCUCUCUGUGUGUCCAUCCAUCCAUCCAUGUAGGGUAUCCCGUGAUGCCGCCGAACCCGCCGUUUCCUCAGAUGGACUACGGCCUCCCCGACAACCAUGACAACGACGGCGACAUGGACGUCGACGACGGCAACCACAUGAACAUCGACCAGGGCCCACCCGCACCGGCCGCCGCCGCUGCUGCUGCUGCUGGGGGCGGUGGCGGUGGCUCCAAGGGCCGCCGUGUGCGCCGUGGCCCCACACAGGGCAACAACCAGGCUGCCGGGGGGGGAGGGGAUGGGGUGGGGCUGCGCGUGUCGCCCCGGCUGAAGGGCAAGGAGCCCAUCAACUACGCCCACAUGUCCAAGGGCAAGAAGCGUGACCGCGAUGGCCACGCCAAGUAGACAGACAGACCAUCACAUACCCACACACCCCAUACUACACACAACACACAUCGCGCGCAAUACCGCCGAGAUGAGACUGCUUGUUUGGUUGGAUGGCUGGCUGUCGUGCUAUGCUGCGUGGGCUUGAGUGUGUGUUGUGUGUCGUGGUCGCCUGUCCGCCCGUGUUAUGUUGUGUUGUGUUGUAUUGUGUGGAAUCGAUUGCAUGGGACUCACUCACUGAUUUUCUUCUUCGCAUAGGGAGGGAGAAAGGCCAGCCCCAUACACACACGCACACACACACACACACAUGCAAGGGCAAUUCAUGCGUUUAAACGAAUGCCAUCACACCCACGCACCCACCCACACCCACACCCACCCACGGACACAUCAAAGAGGGUGCGUGUAAGAGAGAGCCAGGAGAGCAGGGCAGGCAGGAAGGACCUUCUUCGCUCUCCCACCCAUCCAUCCAUCCAUCCAUCGCCGCACCAACCAACCAACACACCACCACACGCACACACACAGAGGGCCCGCCUCUCUUCCCCGUGUGUGUAUCCAUAUACUGUCUCGAUUCAUGCCUUCCUUCAUGAGUCAUGACUGACCUCUCUCGUCCAUCCAUGCAUCCAUGAGUGAGUGCCUUUGUCCAGUGAGUGACGCCGCCGAUGGAUGGAACAGACAGACCAAUACACCCACACACACAGCCAGCCACGCAAGCAGGCAGAAAGGCAGGCAGGCAGGCAGGAUUAGUGGAUGGAUGGAUGGAUGGAACACACACACAUAUACCCCCAGACAGACAGACAGACAGACAGACAGAGAGACAGAGAGGCCCUGCAGCCCUUCCCUUCAUGUGUCUUUGAAAUGGCGUGCGCGUGCAUGUGUUCGCGGAUGGCUGGCUGCCUUGGCGGAUUUAAUGGAUUGCCGUGUGUAUGUGUGUGGCUGGCUUGGGGGGCGGGGGAUUCAAGGGCGAUGGAUGGGACAGACACGAAACGACUGAGUCAUAGCAAGGAGGUGGACGUACGAGACAUUCAUCGUCUUCAUGCAAUAGUCUCGCU